GAUAUUCUGACGGGAGAGCCAGACAUUGCUGAAGUCGAACACAGUGAGAGAUUUCUGGAAUAUUUAACGCCUGUGAUCAAAACAAAGUUUAAUCCCAUAAAGCUUUUGACCCACCUUGGUGGGUAUUUAGACGAAGUUGACAGACAGGCAGUUGAACGCGAGAAUGAAAAACAAAGGCAGAAUAUCUGCGGCCGAGCUGUUACUGAAUCGUGUUCAGCGUUUGAAAAAGGAUGUGUGUUCUGGCCUUCGGGAUGCCUUUCGGAAAAGCGGCAUGGAUGGUGUCAUUGAGGAGAUGACUCAGUGUUAUGAAGACUUUCAAGAGAAAGAUGAAGGCGAUGAAGAUUUUGGUUUGUCUCCAUCGUUGUCUAGAUUGAGUCUUGGAGGUUCAUUCAGAAAGCGUUCAAGCCUCGGGAGCAGCGGCCUGUCUGACGAGGAAGAAGCCUCCUCACCACCAGGAGCAAGGUGCGUAUCUCCCACACUUUGUGAACCGAAGAUUCUGACUCUUAGAGAUUACCAAAAGGAACUGUAUUCUGUCGUGAAAGAGUGUAAGAAAACAAUGAUUCUGUGUCCAGCAAAAAGCGGGAAGCGCUUUGUGGCUCUGAAAGCUAUAAAGGAACAUCUCUCUCUUGCUUGCAACCCGGAUGGGAAGGUGGCCUAUCUGGUGACAAAAUCAUCCUUGGCGGGUAAAGUGCUGAGAAGAUGCCAAGUCUUUCUCAACGAUAUUCCAUGUGUUCAAAUUGGAACUGAGUCAUCUGAUGGACCUUUAUCCAAGGUUCUUCAAGAAAACAGUGUGUUGAUCGCUAAGGCGAAACUCUUCAAAAAUGCUCUGGAAGAAGAUGUGGUUAAAUGGACAGAUUUCUCCAUGGUGAUUCUAGAAUUAGGUGCUGACUACUACGAACAACGAAAGGACGUGUAUAAACAAAUCAUGAAAAAGUAUCACAAGUUCAAACGGCCCUUCCAGCAAGCCCAGCAAGCCCAGCAUAUGCCCCAGAUACUUGUGCUGUCGACCUCACUGUGCAGGGAAUCCCCUUUGGAAAACCUGUUUUGUACAGCGAUGGAAACUUGUGCAAAUUUUGACAUCCAUGCCGUUGCUGUGGUUCGACACCACAUCGACUCUUUACGACAGCAUGUGUCCAUACCCCAUUUGGAGAGGACGACAGUACCGGAAAAACAGGACCGUGGUUUUGAUGAAAGGGUUAAUGAGCUUAUGUCUCGUGUAGAAGAGACAAUGAAGAAAGUCUAUCAGUCCACGAAGAUGCCAGUUGAUGAAGACCACCCAGAAAACAGAAGGGCCGAGGUUAUCUCCCCUCCUGCGGACAGAACUUCUGUGAAAUACAUGACCUGGUUGAAAACGAACAAAGCAAGUCUGAGAUAUGGAGCUAAGAAAGGUCAAUGCAAACGCGCGGCGUUCUUCUGGACCUGUUUAAGACUAGCCACGAUUUAUCAGUCUGGCUUGUUCAUCAACACUGAGUGCCGGAGGUUCGACGCUUUGAAUUAUAUGAGGAGAAAGGUGAAGACGUUAAAGGAAAACCUAACUGGACCUUUGGAUGACAAUCUGAUGAGCUUAUUUGAGGACUUCUAUGAGAAAGAGAAUUAUCUAAAGUCAAUUUCUAAACCGUACGAGGAAGACAACACUGCCACAGUCGUGAGGAACAAACUGGUAGAAAUAUAUCGCGUCAAUACAACUUACAAAGUGGCUGUUCUUGUGAAGUACCCUAUGGCCAUUUUGUCCAUGAAGUUUUGCUUGAUGAAAACACUUUCCAACCUCGAGCUUGCCUGUGUUCUAGGUCAUCAGCAGGACUACACGGUAGAGACUAAUCGGCUAUUUGAGACGGGAUUCCAUGUGCUAAUUACUACCUGGCCGAUCCUCGCCUUUCACUUGGGCAAAGAGAUGAGGACCUGGGACUAUGUGGUGAGGACGGACUGUCCGGGCAAUGACGUCAUCACAUGGACACAUCCGGGGAGACCAGUGACCGAUUCAGCACAGUCAGAGAAUCCGGUUGACCUGUUGACAGAGUCAUCCAUUGAGAAAGUUGCUUUAGAGAUCGCACAACAGCAGCAAGACUCAAGCGGGCUCUACCGGGCUCUUCUGAAUGAUAUCCAAAUUGCCUCAUCCGAACGGGAGUUAUGGAGUCGCUCUACCCGCAACCUUACAAAGUUGUAUGACGAAAUUGUGGGCGAUUUCUUCUGCAAUGGCUGCGGAAAUUUUGUGUGUAACAGAGCGCAUGUGCGGAAUUUGGAUGACCUCUGGUUAGGCUUGGAUCCGAAUCUCAUUCACAGAUUUAGCGCAAUAAAGCACUCGACACAGAUUGUCUUCAGCAAUGGCUACGCCAAACUUGGCCGAUUUGUCUGCAAAGAGUGUGGCCAAAAAUGGGGCAUCAUAGCGCACGUGCUAGGCAGAACCCAUUUGGCUUUCUCUAAGGAAGGACUUGACUACCUGGUAGAUGGUCGACUUCAGGAAUACCAUGGGAAAUGGAAGUACGCGAAUAUAGAAAUAAAGUUGUUCGACUAUAACCGGGACGUACUCCGUUGCUUGCCCUCCUCUUUCUGUGUAGAAGGCGAGACUAUCGCUGAACUUCAAAGCCGUUUACCAGAACCUGUAGAGGAUUAAAGGUCAUUGCUAGCACUUUGAAAGAACUAGCUAAUCCAUUCUUCAUGGCAUAAAGGGGAUAGUGCAACGACUGGUUGACCCGUAUCAGUAUAAUGGCUCGGGCGUGGCGGCUUACUUGCCUUCGGUAAGUCGUCUCAGUGAAGCAGCACUAAAUAAAAGAGCGGUGGAAAUCCGUCCUGCAACAAGGAGGCACAUUACACGUACAUGCACCCUAAUGAUUCCUUCGUCAUCAUAUGACAGGAAAAUUGUUGAGUACGACGUUAAACCCCAAGCACUCACUCACUCACUCCAUUCUUCAUGGUUUCUUGAAUAGUUUGUUCUCUACUUGAUGCUUGUGUUUUUAAGAAAGUAAGGACUGUGCGGCACACAACAAAAACACUGCUGACAUGCAUCUGUAAGAAGAAACACCAACUGUGUGUAUAUGAAUAUGACUCUAUGUGUAUUUCAGCAUGUAUCUGUGCAAAGGAAAAGUGGUUGUAAAUAUAUUUUUGGUAGGUAUUCGCUGAAUACAUUUUCAGUAGGUAUUCAUUGAAUACAUUUCCAUUAGAUAUUCACUAAAUACAUUUUCAGUAGGUAUUCACUAAAUACAUUUUCAGUAGGUAUUCACUAAAUAUUACGUAUCAAAAGGACAUUGUUGAUUCAACAACAUUGUAAAGUUUCUUGUAACGAAUUAAUCUGUGAUCGGUGACGGGUUAAUCAGUUAAAUCGACGAAAAUACAAUCCGUCAUCCCUCAGGGAACGGAUUUAACGGAAGAUAUUGACCCCAAUUACUGUAAAUACUGAUUCGUCUUUGUAGUCUGGAAGAUUGUCAUUUUGUCUUCCCUUCGCCGGCAUCAGCGAGUUAGAUUGGCGUUGACACCCUUAAAAAUUAAAAGGCAAUUAAAACCCCUAAAAUAAAGUAUUUAUCUGACGAAAGGCCAAUGAGCAUUGUGCAGAAAAAUAGUUGGACAGUGCCUUCAAAACACCAGAUUCUACGUGGUCUGUUGGGAACCACGGUAUCGGUGAUGUCACAUCCAAUGUUUUUGCUUGAAACAGCUCAUUUCAGGUUGCAUUCGGGGAAUGUAUUUUAAGUGAUGAAAUGAUGUGACGUCACUGGUUCCAAUAUGGUCAGAAAAGGCUACCGUAGAAUCCAACCUUUCAAAAGCAUUUUACGUUCGGGUUAAAAAAAAUUGAACUACUUUGCUCAACAGUGUUAAUGAUCUUUCGUCCGACUUAAACUUCACAUUAAGGUUUUCUUUUUCCCUUUCUUUGGCCUUUAAACUCCAGUACCGCACACAGAGAUCCACAAUGGCGAAGUAAGUGAGUUCACACUGACAUUUUUCAAAAUGAAUUUGUUUCCAAGGCGUCCAAAGACGACGUCAGAACCCAGGUUAAACGUGUCUUUCUCUACGACAUGUUCGAAGCUAUGUUCUCUUGAAAAACACGUGAUUUUCUGAUACUGGCGGAAAGCGUCUUAACCCGUGUUGGACAACGAACGCUUCGGACGAGGAAAAUACCUUGGCAAGCGUGUGAUCAUUGAGCCGGAGUCUACCCCAGUUAAACUCUGGCGUGGCUUACUGGGUCAGUUUUCUCUGAAUUCGACAUUUUCAUAAGUCGAAAUGGAGGUGUGUCCUCAAUGAUAGUCCUGUAAACUUCUGCGGAUGCAUGAUGUUGAUUAGGGAUCUAGUCUCACGCUUCCAACGACAAAAAACGCCAGUUAAUCGAGAUACAAAGUUCUUACUAUGACAUAUGGUAUGUAAGUGGUUGUUUUGAAAAUAGAUCUAGAAACUAUCGAAAUAUCAUUUAACGAAGAUGUGUUGUACACAGUUGUUGGCAUAACAAUUAAUAUACAUUUUAAAAUAUUUAUUUACGUUGAUAUGUUAUACACAAAUGAUGGCAUUGCAGUUAAGAUCUUGGAAUUCAACAAUAAUCCCAUGUUCACUUGAGUGAUUGUCAGACGCGCAGUUUACAAGUGCACAUUUACAACAUUGGUAAUAUAGAUGAAUCAUAUUAUUUA